AUGGCAGCUGGGAACUCAAAGGGCUCCAAGAAAAAACCCAAAAGAAGCCAUGGCAUCCGAGAAGAAAUCGACAGAUUCCGUGAUGUUCCUGACCACAUUGUGCACCACAUCCUCUCGUUCAUCGCCGACACCAGAUCGUUAAUUCGAACCAGCCUCCUGUCCAAGAGGUGGAGGUCCUUGUGGAAAGAUGUUCCCGUUCUCAGUUUCAGAAAAUCCUCCUCCUGCAACAUGUCCUCUUUCUCUGAACAAGUCAACAAGUUUUUGACUCUCCGCUCCAACUCUGCGGCUAUUACCGACAUUUCCAUUAACUUUUGGGGGUGUUCAGCUGGAGGACAACCUCAAACGGGAUUGCAGGUUUUUGACAGCAUCAUGAGUUCUGCUGCCUCUCAUGGUUCUACUACUACAGGCCACAAUCUUCGCCGUUUGUCCAUUGCCCAUGCGUACCACGACAUCAAAUUCAGCAAACUGGCACCAUGCAUCACGGCUCGCCAUCACAAGUCUCUCAAAACUAUUGAGCUGAAAUCAACAGUACUCCGGAGAGAAGCACUUGCUUUGGGAUUCAACUCACUGACGACUCUUGAACUGCGUGGCUGUUGGUUUUCUCGUUCUUGGGGGGAAACAGUUGACCCUUUCGGAGAUAUCCCUUGUUUGAACAACCUCAAACUCAUUGAAUGCAAAUCGUCAAGACGUCACUUGUUGAAAGUAUCGGGACUCCAGCUGCUGCACCUCGAGAUUCAAAAGAAGACUUGGGACGACGAGGAAAUCGAAGUUUUUGCUCCAAAGCUGGAAUCUUUCUCUUAUAAGGGUUGGAUCCUACAGCUCGUCAAGCUGAGCCUUCCUACUUUGGAUUGCGCGAAUAUCCGCAUGGGGUGGUGUGGAAUCCAGCCUUGGAGGGAGCAAUCCAUUGCAAAACAGGAGGAGCAGAGAUAUAUGAAGUUGUUGCGUGAGCUGCAUAAUGCAACAUCUCUCAACCUACGUUUUGACAAAUUGGGCGGCCGUUAUCCUUGGGAAAAACACCUAUUUCCUUUUACUCGCAUGAAGCCAUUAAUGGAGCGUGAAGGCUCUCCUUUUACCAGAUUGAGAACCCUGAGGGUGCAGUAUCCACAAGAGCCUCCUGACACACCUUAUCAAGUGAUUCGUUACUUUAUGGAAGGCUCUCCUAAUACGGAAGACAAGUUUGUUAAGUUCGAGAGGAAGGUGAAUGUCAUUUGGGCUCCUUUUAAUUCGAUUCCGUUACUCACAUUUCUGGGGAGGAAGACAAUGGCUGGGAGUUCAAGGAAGUCCAAGAGACCAAAGAGGAGCCAUGUAGUUAAAGAAGUUGCUACACUGAGCGAUUUCCCUGACGAAAUUCUCCAUUACAUUCUGUCCUUCCUCGACACCAAGUCUGCAGUUGGAACCAGCAUUCUGUCAAGGAGAUGGAGAUGUUUGUGGAAAGAUGUCCUGGUCCUCAAUUUCCUCCCAAAAUCCUUCUGUAAACUGGCGAGUUUCAGAAAACAUGUAUACAGGCUCCUGUCUCUCCGCUCCCACCGUACUCCUGUGCGCAAAGUUAUCUUCGACGUACGUGGAUACAAAAGGGAUGAAACACCGGGGCAUAUAACGAGAACAAUUGAACAGAUCAUGAGAUAUGCUGCUUCACAUGGUGGUGGUGGUCUUGAUCAUUUGUCCAUUAUCGGCGAGGACCAGAAUCUGUGCUUCAGCUACUUUGAUGAGAACAUCACUGCUGGUAAUCAUCGCGCACCUCUCAAAUCUAUGAAGUUGGAGGGAUGCACUUUGUGGUGUAUCCAAUGUGACGACGUGGGCUUCAAAUCGUGUACGACGCUGGGCUUCAAGUUGCUUACAACUCUGGAACUGCGUGAAUGCCCUCUGUCACCUUAUUGUCCAAUUCUGCCCUUUGAUUUGAUCGGCGAUCUACCUUGUUUGAAGUACCUGAAGUUAAUCCGCUGCUUUAUAGCAGAUCCUGACUGUUGGUUACUAAUAUCUGGACCUCAACUGCUUGAUCUUGAAGUUGAGUUUACAAAUCACUACCGCUUUUAUGAACUGAUUGCCCCAAAGCUCAAAUCUUUACGGUUGUGGGGUGAAUACAUUGAUGAAUAUCUACCCAAGUUGGAUCUCCCCAGCCUGGAUCAUGCAAAUAUCCGCCUCAAGUGGGAACCAGAACGUUGGGAGGAUGAUGAUCCAGUUUUCAUUGAGCAGAAUUCUGCAUUUGUGAAUUACUUGUGUGGUCUGCAUAAUGUAGAAUCUCUCAAGCUAUGUUUCGACAAGGAACAGAGAUGGAAGAAUGAUUGGGAAGAGCAACCCUUUCCUCUUAACAGAAUUAAGGCAUUAGUCGAGCAUGAAGCUUCUCCCUUUAAUAGAUUGAAGACCUUGACGAUACAAUGUGCACAUCAACGACACCCACCAAACAUACCUUAUCAAGUGAUUCGCUAUUUUCUCGAAGGCUCUUCGAAUACAGAAGAAAAGUUUGUUAAGUUCGAGUUGCUUGCUGAUUGAAAAGCGAUGCUGACGUCAAAUGUUGUCGAAACUGGUAUAGUAAUCAAGUAUAUUGGAUGAUGCAGAAGCUUCUUGAGAACGUAGGUGCAGAACUUAGAAUUGUUUAGUUUGACUUGUGUUUUUCAGUAUUUUUAUGUUCCUUCAAUGCUUAAGCAUGUAUGAACUAUUGUCUUUGGUUAUUUAGAUGAAUAUCUCCCGAAGCUGAAUGUCCCUGCUCUAGAUCUUGAAAGUUGGUUCAGGUUCAGGUUGAGAUGAUUGAUGAUUAGAAAGCGCGGUAAUGGUUGCAUUGUUGUCGAAUGAUGUCAGGACUGAUAGCUAGUACUAGUCAUGUUCUCUGGUUGCAUGUAUUGCGGCAGCCAUGAUGCCAAUUGCCAUGGGCAAAGAUCGAUCAGUUGUGCCCAAAGUGGUAGUUUUCUCUUCUGUUUUUUCAGACAAUUUGGUGUUUAAGCAUGUACUUAUGAGUCGUUCAUGUUAGUUAAUAGGGCUCUGUAACAUUUUUUACUAAUUAAUGUAAGUUGGUACAUUCAUAUGGAAAACCUGGAUGAAGAGCUGAAUGAGGCGAUCAUUAUA